UGACUCGAUGUCAAACCCUUAUCCAUUGGGUCCGUCCCCGACCAAAGCGCCGCGAGCACAUUCAUGCGUCCUUUGUCAGAAACGAAAAGUCAAAUGCGACCGAAAUUCACCAUGUGCUGGCUGUAUAAAAUCGGGCACAGAAUGUGUGGAAGCUAUCCCAGCUCCUCCACGUCCGCGGAAAAGGAAAGCCUCUAUCUCGGAACUGCAGUCUAGGUUGAAGCGGUGUGAGGAGCUGAUCCGAGUGAACGGUUUGAGUAUGGCGAACCCUGAUGAUCGAGAAAGUGAUAUGGAAGAGUUGAUGCCGAAAGAUGGAUCUAUCUAUCAGGCGUCUCCCCCGGGAAAAGGAAAAUUGAUCGUGGAUCAGGGAGAAUCUCGAUUCGUGGAUAACACCCUAUGGACAGGACUAACUGAUGAGUUCAAAGAGAUGGAAGUUCAACGUCACUCUGGAUCAGCUUCGCGAAGAUCGACGCUGCCCCCACGCGCAGCGGUUGAUGCCAGUCAUUUCCUUCUAGGAUCGAACGGUAUUUCUGUCCAGAAUCUAACUAUGCUCCAUCCCCCGCCGGUACAAAUUUUCCGUCUCUGGCAGACCUUCCUGGAUAACGUCAACCCGCUUUCUAGAGUGGUUCGUGCUCCAACUACACAGGUCCAGGUGCUAGAGGCGAGUAGUAACUUGGGGAAUUUACCUGCAACCACCGAGGCACUACUAUUCGCAAUAUAUACCUCAGCCAUCUGUUCUAUGAGUAAUGGGGAAUGCGAAACUAUGAUGGGCGAACCCAAAAACUCCCUAUAUUCCAAGUAUCUAGCGGCUGCAAAACAGGCACUGGGAGCAGUGGGGCUCAUUGAAAGCUCUGACCUAGUGGUUCUGCAAGCUUUGGUGCUUCUUCUUAUUUCGAUGCAUCAAAACCAAACCCCACAUGCCCUCUGGAUUCUCACUGGGGUUGCCUUUCGAAUCGGUCAGAGAAUGGGUCUUCAUGCUGAUGGCGCUACUCUUGGACUCCCCGUAUUUGAAUCGGAAAUACGGAGGCGAGUUUGGUGGCAGAUUAUUCUGCUUGACAACCGCACUGCACAGCGGGCUGGCAUAAGAGAUUCCAUCACCCCCAGCUCUUUCGAUACGAAUCUUCCAGCAAACAUCAAUGAUGUGGAUUUGGAUCCGAAUAUGCGGGAAAUGCCACUGGAGCACAAAUAUCAAACAGAAAUGAUUUUUUGUCUCAUCACGUACGAGAUCGGAAAAUUCGUUGUCAAAGAAUCGGGAUAUCAGAAGCUCUUCGCUGCUCCAUUACCGGCCAAAGACAAGAUCAUGGACGAGCUCGAAUCAAGGUUACAUGCAAAGUUUCUACGGUACUGUGAUCGUUCCAUAUCACUUCAUGCGUUGUGCAUAGCGGUGGCUAAGUCCAUCACAUCUAACAUGCGGCUAAUGGCUCAUCAUCCUCGUCACUGGAAAAGCAAGCAUAGCAACAUGCCACAAUCUGAGCGGGACAUACUAUUUAGUCUCAGCUCAGGAAUGCUUGAAAACGACAACAUGGUACACUCCAUACCCGGAUUGAAGCGCUAUCUAUGGCAUGUGCAAGUCAACUUCCAGUUUGAUGCGUUCAUCAUCCUCCUCAGCGAGUUACGUCGUCGCCCCAAGGGCGAGGCCUCCAGUCGCGCAUGGCAUCACGUUCAAGAGGCUUUCAAUACACAUCACGAGCUGACGAGUGAUGACUAUGCACUACACAUAGCUAUCUGUAAUCUGACAUUACAGGCGUGGGAGGCGCGGGAGGCGCAUUUCGCACAGCAGAAUCACGGCCACGUUGAAGUUCCGGACUUCAUCGCGACCUUGCGAGCAAAGAGAUCUUCGCAGCAGCAACCAGAGAAUGUACCUCAUCAUGAACUCCACAAAACCAAUACAGUCCAAAAAGGCUUUCUCAGCCAUCCGAAAGAGCGCCAUGAAACCCUCAGUGACAGUACCGGGGAUAACUUUACUGACCUAGACGCCGCAUUUGAUCCAUCCCAGUUUGAUAAUUUAGGCUGGGACUAUUGGGCCAACCUUCUGCAGGAGUACGAUUAUCAGAACGAUCAUCAGAGCCUCAGCUGA